AUGCAUAUCCGUAUUAAUCUGAGAGAUGCCGCAUUUCGAGAGGUUUCUUCAGCGAAUCACUCGCCUUGCCGACCGAUGUACAUGCAAUUAGGUUAUUCCAGAGAAUACGUCGAAAGUUUAUCAGUUAAACGAGAAAUGUUGAUCUCUUCCUUAAAUAGCAAAUUAUUCGCACCGAAAAUUAAUCUACGAUUUUUAUCAGUCAUCGACAUUUGCAUAUCAAAUCAUCAGCGAUACAAAACGGGUCGUGGUUCAUCGUCAGAAUUUCUUUAUCGUCAUCGACUUAAAUUUGAAAAUUCUAAAAUGAAAGUUUUCACGAGGUAUACAGGAAAAAAACUGGGAAUAAACCUCGGUCUUUCCGACUUGAAUUUAUUAUUAUCGUCGGCCAGUAGAUAUAAAUCUCGCAUUUUGAGUGAAAGAAAACGUCAAAAACUGCAAACUUUAUUUAUGGAACAUUUGAUGAAUAUCAUUGUAAUGGAUAGUGAACUCAGCGGAAAAAAAUUAGAAUUUAGCAAAGAUACGAUUGAGCUUUUAGAAAAGUCGCGUUAUCGGUUAGAAAAAAAUCUUUCUGAAGCUCUCUGUCAUUGCACCGUUCCUCAUAUUCAGUUUGUUAUUGAUAAAAGUCGUUCGCGCGAAAUGGAAAUAGAUUAUUUAUUUCAAUUAAUAAAAAGCGAUGGAGGUUAUUCGAAGGUCACGAAAAUAAAUAAAAUUAAUUCACUGGAUGAUUCGAAUAACGAAGAUGUACAGUUACAAGGCGAUAAAAAUUAA